UAUAUUAAUUGUUGUAAAAUGCUACUUAAUUCAACAGGUUAACGAAAACUCAAACAAAAUAGUUUGUCUACUUUUAGAAGUCCCAUAGUAGUUCCAUCGAGUUAAUAAGUUUCCCCUGUAGCUUCUGGACUCAAUAGUUUGAAAAAUCUUCAUAGUCCCAAAGGAUCUCAGAUUGAUGUCACCAACCUAACCCGAUUAAUAAAAUCUACGAAAAUUAAUGAGUCAGUAAAUAGCCAAUAGAUAUAAGCUUUACUUGCAAAAGCUAGGGAAAUAGCAAAAAUAACGACAGACUCUAAAUCCUAAGCUGCAAAAAAGCAUGUUAAAUUGCAGAGUUAAUAAUUUGUAAACUUUAAAGACUUACUUCAUAAUUCUACCUCCACCAAGAUCUAACAAGAAAUGUUCUUCUGCAGAAAUUCAUUUAAUUUUGAGUUUGUCAUAGGAAUUGGUGGAUUUGGUAAAGUGUGGAAAGUUGAGCACAAAAAAACAGGUUAGAUAUUCGCCAUGAAAGAAAUGUCAAAAGCCUUAAUUGUGACAAAGAAGAGUGUCCAUUCUGUGAUGAAUGAACGAACAUUAUUAAGUCAAUUGAAGCAUCCAUUGUUAGUUAAUAUGAACCUCGCUUAUUAGGAUAGAGAAAAUCUAUACCUAUUGAUGGACUACAUGAAAGGAGGUGAUCUUAGAUAUCACAUAGGUAGAAUGAGGAAAUUCGAUGAAAACUCAACAAAGUUUUUUAUAGCCUGUAUUGUUUAAGGAUUAGAAUACAUACAUUCAAAUAAUAUAAUUCAUAGAGAUAUCAAACCUGAAAAUUUGGUACUUGAUGAAAAAGGAUAUGUGCAUAUUACAGAUUUUGGUAUUGCUAGAGUAUUCAAGGCUGAAAAUAGCUGUGAUACUAGUGGAACUCCUGGGUACAUGGCUCCUGAAGUUAUGUGCAAAUAGAAUCAUACUUAUGCAGUUGAUUAUUUUGCUGUUGGAGUGAUUGCCUAUGAAUUUAUGAUAGGGAGAAGACCAUAUGUUGGAAGAUCAAGACAAGAAAUUAGAGAUUAAAUUUUAGCCAAAUAAGUUUAAAUUAAAAGAAAUGAAAUACCUAAUGAUUGGUCCGUUGAGGCUGUCGAUUUUAUAAAUAGACUACUUCAACGUAAACCAUAAAAUAGAUUGGGCUUCAAUGGAAGUUAAGAAAUCAAAGAGCAUCCUUGGUUCGCUAAUUUUGCUUGGGAUAAAUUAUAGAAUUAAUCAUUAGUUCCACCUUUCAUUCCUAAUCAAACAGAAGAUAAUUUUGAUUAGAAAUAAAUUAUUGUUGAAGACGAAGAAAACAAUGAGCUAAUCUAAUAAAACAUUUUAGUCUUGAGAGAUUAACUUAUUUAAGAUCAAUUCCAAGGAUAUGAAUUUCAAUAAGUAUAUCAUUCUACUUCCACUGAAUAAUCUUCUGGUUCAUCGACUAAACAUAGCCGUCAUCUAAGUGAAAGAUUGCAAUUCUUUGAAAAAAAGAAAGUCAUAUGA